AAGGAAGGUGACAUGCGGCUUUGCUUUGUGAGGCUCUCCGAGCACGCCACGACCCCGACCCGGGGUCCGCGCUCGGCAGGCUAUGACCUGGACAGUGCCUAUGAUUAUACAAUACCACCUAUGGAGAAAGCCCUUGUGAAGACGGACAUUCAGAUAGCUCUUUCUUCUGGGUGCUAUGGAAGAGUAGCUCCACGUUCUGGCUUGGCUGCAAAACACUUCAUCGAUGUAGGAGCUGGUGUCAUAGAUGAAGAUUAUAGGGGAAAUGUUGGUGUUAUAUUGUUCAAUUUUGACAAAGAGAAAUUUGAAGUGAAAAAGGGUGAUGGAAUUGCUCAGCUCAUUUGUGAACAGGUUUUUUAUCCAGAAAUUGAAGAAGUUCAAGUCUUGGAUGAUACUGAAAGGGGUUCAGGAGGUUUGGGUUCCACUGGAAAGAAUUAA